AUGUUCGCUUAUACCCUUCUUGCAUGUGACCUUUUUAUUGUUGCUGAGACGCUAGUAAGGAUGUUUUUCAAUUCUAUCGUCAUAGCUUUCGAGCUAUUCGAAAGCGUAGAUGUGCUAAAGAGCCUUAACAUGAUCAUUGAUUACUUUUGUUCUUUCCGUAUCGCGAGUUUCCCCCCUCUUGCCUAUUGUUAG